AUGUAUGGCAGGAACUGCCCUCCACACGCGGGGAGCCUCCUGCGGAGCAGCCGGAUCGAUGCCGUGCCCGGCGGCGUCAUGCAAAUCGCCUUCUUUGUAUCACAAGUGUUAAUUAAAGCGCUCGUUUCCAGGCGCAGAGCUCCGCUCCCCUGGGCGGAGUGCGGCAGCGGGCGCUGCUGUUUCCGUCGGGGCAAUGGGAAUGGCCGAGGGGCAUUCAGGGGAAGGGGCUGCCGGCGGGGCGGCACGGGGCCCGGCAAGGAGGCUGCAGAGACGAUCCCUUCUGGUUCCUGCAGCGCUCCCAGGGGUGUCCGAGCGCCUCGGAAAGGGCAAGGAGGCUGCAGAGACGAUCCCUUCUGGUUCCUGCAGCGCUCCCAGGGGUGUCCGAGCGCCUCGGAAAGGGAGCCAGGCCAAGGGCAGCGGAGCCCCUGCAGCCUCCGCCCGCGCGGGGGCGCUGCCGCCGCCGCCCCCUCCUCCCUCCCUCUCCAUGGUGCUCUGCCCUCCGCCUUUGCCCUCCGCUUCCGGCGUUGCCAUGGGUGCGCAGCUUCCGCUUCCGGCUUCCUUGGUACGGGUUCUCCGGUGGAGACGGCGAUGGCGGCGGCCUCGUCCUCCUCCUCCUCCUCUUCCUCCUCCUCUUCUUCUUCUUCUUCUUCCUCCUCUUCCUCCUCCUCCUCCUCUUCUUCCUGCUCCUCCUCGGCGGCCGCCGCGGGUUGCCGGGAGGGCCCGGCGGUGGCGGCAGGGCCCGGCUGGAGCGACUCCCAGUUCCGCCGCUACUCCUUCGAGACGCGGCCCAUCCCGCGGCUCAGCCACAGCGACCCCCGCGCCGAGGAGCUCAUCGAGAACGAGGAGCCAGUGGUGCUGACAGAUACAAAUCUGGUUUAUCCUGCCCUGAAAUGGGACCUGGACUACCUCCAGGAAAACAUUGGCAAUGGGGACUUCUCAGUGUAUAGUGCCAGCACACACAAGUUUUUGUACUAUGAUGAGAAAAAAAUGGCCAAUUUUAAGAACUUCAAACCCAAGUCAAGUAGGGAAGAAAUGAAGUUUGCUGAGUUUGUGGACAGACUCAAAGAAAUACAACAAAAAGGGAGUGCUGAGAGGCUAUAUCUACAGCAAACAUUAAAUGACACAGUUGGAAGGAAGAUUGUAGUGGAUUUCCUUGGCUUCAACUGGAACUGGAUUAACAAGCAGCAAGGGAAACGUGGUUGGGGUCAACUGACUUCUAACUUGCUUCUUAUUGGCAUGGAAGGGAAUGUGACACCAGCUCAUUAUGACGAGCAACAGAACUUCUUUGCUCAGAUUAAGGGUUACAAGAGGUGUAUCCUGUUUCCUCCUGAUCAGUUUGAAUGCCUCUACCCUUAUCCUGUGCACCAUCCAUGUGACAGACAGAGCCAGGUGGACUUUGACAAUCCUGACUAUGAGAAGUUUCCAAACUUCCGGAAUGUGGUUGGCUAUGAGACAGUGGUGGGUCCUGGGGACGUGCUGUACAUACCUAUGUACUGGUGGCACCACAUUGAGUCUCUCCUGAAUGGGGGGAUUACCAUCACUGUGAACUUCUGGUACAAGGGUGCCCCAACUCCAAAGAGAAUUGAGUAUCCAUUAAAGGCUCAUCAGAAAGUGGCAAUAAUGAGGAACAUUGAGAAGAUGCUGGGAGAAGCCUUAGGAAAUCCACAAGAGGUGGGUCCCUUGUUGAAUAUGAUGAUUAAGGGCCGGUAUGACUAAUGCCUGGUGCCCCUGGCUGAUGUUGGAGCUGCUUUGUUCACAAGCAAUGGAAGAUACUGAGCGCUAGUAUUGCACGCAGCACUUAACAGACUGAUGGGUUUCCUGGCCUAUCCUGGCCCCACUACAUUAAAGGGGCUACUGGAACUGCAAAACCAUUAGUACCCUACUCAUCCUCCACUCUCAUCUAACUGAACCUCCCAAGAAAGAGUCUGCACUUACUGGAAGCUGGAUUCAUGCUCACUAACUUGUUUAUUUUCUUCCCUCUGCCCUGUUUGCCACAACAAGGAGCAUGGCUUCUGGCACUUGGAUGUGUCACUUCAGGAUUUUCAGGCAUAUGAAGAAGAGCUUGGAGGAUAACCAGGAGCAAUAUUGUUUCCUCAGCCUCAUGGGGUUUGGACCUCUUGGCUGGGUUUGUGUGUUGGUGGUGGCAGUGGAUAUAAGGUGGGAAAUGUUAGGUUUCACAGUCCUCUGUUGUUAGAGGGCGUGUCCCUGCUCAACUCUGGCACCUUUUUGUAUUAAUGGAAAUGAACAUGUAAGAUGGCCUGUGUGUAUUGAGCAACUGGACAAAUGAUUCAGUUACUUCAACCUAAGACAUCUAUGCUUUGGAUGUAGUACAGGGUAGAGAUCAGAAUGAAUUUAUCUUGUGUGUGAGCACCAAAUCCUAUGCUGUCCAAAUAACAUCUGUCUUGUAUGAGUCUAGAUAAAUCUCCUUUCUGACA